GCGAGCUUCGCUUUCUACUUUGCGUUAUCCGAACUUGCGCCCCCAAUUUCUCGCGCAAUUCGUUUCUCUCUUGCACUUCUCGUUCUGCGGUGGAACAGUACGCGCAACAACACACACAACAGUUGUCUUGGAAUCUCCGAUCUCUCGAAACCUACCUACCUACCUACGCAGUAAAAUUUGUUCCCCGCAAUGACGGACGCUAACGAUAUCGUGUGCAAUAUAAAGGCCAGUAACUGCGGUUUGAAAAAUGAUAAAAAGGAUAAGAAGGACAAGGAUGUCGCCGACGCGUUUGGAACUUUCGGGAGGACCCCAAAUGUUCCAAAUGCUCAUCCGCCAGUAGCACCGACUAGACGUUACGACGCUUACUACAAAAUGAAUCAUCCAAAACGUGGCUUGGCUCUGAUUUUCAAUCAUGAAUUUUUUACACUAUCGCAUCUCAAACCUCGAUCAGGCACAAACGUAGACUGUGAAAAUCUAAAGAACGUAUUUGCAAAUCUCGGUUUUGAGGUCAACGAUUAUCAUAAUAUAACUCACAAAGACAUGGUGAGACAAUUAGAAAGAGUUGCUGAAAUGGAUCAUUCUGAUCACGACUGUUUGGUGGUAAUUGUAUUGAGUCACGGCGAACAACAUUUGCUCUAUGCUCACGAUAAUUCGUACAAAGCCGAUCUUCUUUGGAAUCAUUUUACUGGCGACAAAUGCCCGACUCUUGCUGGAAAACCAAAAUUGUUUUUCAUACAAGCUUGUCAGGGCGAUAAACUUGACCCGGGUAUUACUCUCAAGGAACGGACCGAAACUGACGGACUGCCAGUUAACACAUUUCGUAUUCCCACUCAAGCAGACUUCAUGAUUGCCUACUCAACAGUUCCAGGCUAUUACUCUUGGAGAAACACGAGCCGCGGAUCGUGGUUUAUCCAAGCAUUGUGCAUAGAACUGAGAGAGAAUGGUACGAAAGAAGAUCUGUUGACUCUCUUGACGUUCGUAUCCCAACGUGUUGCCAUAGAUUUUGAAUCAAACACGCCCGAGAACUCGACAAUGCAUUUACAAAAACAAAUACCGUGCAUUACCUCGAUGUUGACGCGUUUGGUAAAAUUCACGAAUUCAAAAAACGGAUCAGUAUAGCUUGUAGAUAAAAAGGAACUCUGCAUUUACGUAUGCAUUUAUCUAUUUGUAUAAUUUCUUUUUUUUUUUUAUAUGAACUACUUUGAAGACUUUCCGGCAACCGACACAAUCAGUGCGGUGUUACUUAUCCCUUUGUUGCUGCUUUUUAACGCAACGAUGAAAAUUUACGUCGGUAUCAUGAGUGUCGAAUCGUUUGUGCGCUCUGAUGACCAAAACCAAAGAGAGAGAAUUUAACCGCGUUCGCGAAAGAAUUUAGUGAUUGAAUCUUUUUUUUUUAGAUCUGUUGCAAAUGUAAAGGUGUAUUGCAAAUAAGAAGUAAUAAUCACAAAGCGUUUAUUAAGCGCUUGAUUUUGUCGCUUGAACGCGGCAAUUGCUUACUCUUCAAUCUAUAGCAACUCGAUCGCUGGUUUUUUUGAAAGGUUUUACGAAUGUAAACCUUUUUCGAUCAAGAGAAUUUUGCACGGGAAAAUACUUUUUUAACACCUUGACGCUGGGGACCGCAUGUGAUUCAGAUCUCCACUAGGCGCCGGGGAACGCAUAUAUGCGUCAUUUAGAUUGUUCACAAAAAUAAGCAGAUAAAACGGUAUAAAUUUCAAUUUCUCUUCAGAAACGUUACAACAGAUGUUUUACGAGUUAGAAUAACUGAAUAUGUUUUUUAAUUUUCUUGUUUUAUUUUGUAAUGAUAUCCACGUUGAAACCUUGUAUAUGUUAAAGCGAUAGGAUACGACUUCAAAGCUUCUCUGCUGCCGAUACUUGAACUGUGAUUAUGUAAGAGCAAAAUAAGAUAAGAAUUCGACGCUUUGCCGCAUACAAUGUUAUGUAUGUUUGCGCUAGAGCAAUAAAUAAGUACACCUUUCAGUCUUCUCUAGGUUUUCGUAACUCGUAUAUGUUUCUUCAGGAAAUUUUCUCACUUCUCAACAGUUUUCGCAAAGGAAAAUUUGAAUUUCUAUUUUUAUAGAUUGUUUUCUUGCAUAUAUAUAUAU